AUGCUGCAAAAAGACUUGAAAAGACUGAAGAAGACGAUCAAGAACAAGGUUUUGCGAAAACCAUCUUCAAAGCGAAAGGAAAAAGUGCUCGCUUCUGUUGUUGAUCGUGGUAGUGGCUCUACUCAAUCAUUCCAGGAAGAAGAGGAUCCUUACAAACAGAAACUUCGGAAGUACGAUGACAACGUUUCCCAUCUCGUUUUACAUGGAUCUUCACUUAAUUCAAUGAGUAAUCACGACUUCGGCGCUGCCAAGCAGGAAGUAAACAAAACAACUUCUUCGAGCCUCGACACCGUAGAACACCCCGAAUCGCCAAGAAGGAUAGGAACUUCUAGAACUACAUGA